AUGGAUGGCAUCUUGGGUGAUUUAUCCUUCUGUGUCUGCUACAUCGACAACAUCCUCAUCUCCAAACAGGAACAUCUGCAACACAUCUCUACAGUUUUAGACCGCCUGCAGCAGAGUGGCCUGGUAGUGCGAUACGAUAAUCAAGACCCUCCGAGAAUUCAUGGGAAUGGUGAACUACUAUCAGCACUUCCUGCCCGGCAUCGUAUCCAUCAUGGAACUGCAUUUGCAGGGAAACCCAAGGACUUGACGUGGGGCCCCUCUCAAGCAGAUGCAUUUCAUAAGGCUAAGGAAGCUCUCGCUGUAUCAGUCCUUGCUUUUCCCACCCCGGGGAAGCCCCUUUUCCUCACCACAGACACCAGUAACAAUGCUAUUGGAGCUGUCCUCGAGCAGGUGGUCAAAGGACUGCCCCGCCCUUUGAGUUUCUUCAGCCGCAAGCUACUGAAGGCCAAAAAGAACUCAGCCUUCCACAGAGAGCUCCUCGCCUUCACUAAGCUGUCUGUCAUUUCCGUCAUUUUCUUGAGGGCAACAUCUUCAUGA